CCUCGGGGCGGCGGCACGGCGGUUGCUCCGCCGUCCCUACUGCCUCCACGGCCAAAGUCUCCGCCGGCGUACCCUGACUUGUACGGGAAACGCAGAGAGGCAGCGAGGGUCCAGAUGCUCGAGAGAGAGAUUGGCCUUCUCGAGGCGGAGCUUAAAUUCAUCGAGGGCAUACCGCCGGCCUCUAAGUACUGCAAAGAGGUCUCUGAUUUCGUGGUGGCAAACUCCGACCCUUUGAUCCCUGUGCAGAAGAAGAGUCGAAGACCAUGCCGGUUCUGGAAAUGGCUCUGUAGCGGAAUCCCGUGCUUGAACCUGCUGAGCUUCUGCUGUUGCUGCCAAUCUGAGUGCUCGUGCCAUCUGAGACGGCCCAAGUGCUGCGACUGUGACUGCUGCUUCCGACCCAACUGCUGCCACUGCAACUGCUGCAGAUGCUCUUGCCCCUCGUGCUCGGACUGUUGCCCGAAACCAAGCUGCAGCAGCUGCUGCUGCCCGAGCUUUCGAGGUUGCUGUUCUUGUUCUUGUUGUUGUUCUUGUCCGGACAUGAAGAAGGCAUGUUGUUGCGUCCCUAAAGGAUGCUGCAGCGGUUGGAAAUGGCCGUCUUGUCCGAAGAGCUCAUCAUGUUGCAGAUGCAGAUGCAGAUGUUCUUCUUGUUUCAGAUGUCCAAAGCUAAGACUUUCUUGUUGUUGCUGCAACUGUAAAAAUCCCUGUUCUACUCCUUGCUGCUUAGCCUUCUAAGAGUAUCAAAUAAAUUUUUUCUCUUUGAGACCA